AAAUCAAGGUACCUACCUGGUUGGUAAGCAUCAUAAGUUAGGUAGUAUUCCGCAACGAGCGUACUUUCGGUAAUUGCAUGUUCAGUUGAGACUACCUAUGUACAUCUUUUCCAACUUGAGAAUGAGGUUAUCGCCCGACUUGUGUUCCAUAUUCCAUAUUUCUUAAGAUACUUUUAGCGAAUAUACAACUACCUAUUCAUGUUUAUAUUCUCCAUGACGCAGAGGUGAUCUCAUACAUAGGUAUUUAUGGAUUUUCUUGUCUUCAAUGACAUCAGAUAGCAUGCAGCUCUUAACUUAAAUACUCGAGCUACCAGCUACGAACUGGGAAGCUUCUUGUUUUCCUUCUUAUCACUAUUACAACUAUUAGUAUUAACACAACUUUACCAAAAUAACCACAUCUUUGAUUCAACAUGCCUCGUCCCGGAGGUCGAUCUCACAACACCUAUGAUCUCUACCCCGAUACCGAUCACCACAUUCUUCACGGUACUAGGAACGAGCCCAUCGGGUACCGCGUUGCACGAGCCGAUAAAACCGCAGAACGACCUGUACAUGAACAUGGCGCGGGAUUGGAAGGCAUGAGUGCCAGUGGUGGUUACAGUCAAGGUUUAGCACAGGGCCCUUUCAGGGGGCAAGGAGGGCGCGCAAGGAAGAAUUAAGAUGUCUAGGUCAUCGACAUGUAUCAAUAGGUAUUGGUGUUCUUCCCGAGUAGAAGGACUUGGAUGAAUUAAUGAAUAGAUGAAUGGAUGAAUAGAGAAGGAAAAGAAACAUCAAAUUGAUCACUCACGG